CUUUUCUCUUUGGAAAAAAGAAAAAGAAAAUUAAAACAGCGUAACAGUGGAGUGGAGCGCUCUGACAGCAGAUGCGGUCAGGCUGAUGGAGAGACUGUGUCUCCACUCGUUCAGUCACUCAUUUGCGGAAGAUUUAAAGAGCCUUUUAACUUAUAGAUGCAUUUUUUUUUUUAUCGGACUGACGAGGCUCAGAAAUGGUUGGAAUCCAAUUUCAGCGUACAGAAUAAGAAUGUGUGUUGCAAGACAUGGGAGACUCAAACAACAGCCACUUGAUAGCAUCUUCUGCAGAUAUCCAGGAUGGCAACGUGGAGGCAACGUGGAUCAGUAUAUGGAUUCCUAUGACCUGGACUACGGCAUCCCUCCUGAUGAGAUUCCAGACAUAACAAAGGGCCAGACCUUCUUUGUGGUCACCGUUAUCCUUGGUAUUGUCCAAGUGUGUAUCGUGCUCGUGUGUGGUCUCGGAAACUUCAUAUUCAUUGCCACCCUGACACGCUACAAAAAACUCCAUAAUGUCACCAACCUGCUCAUUGCUAUUCUGGCUAUCUCAGACUUUAUUAUGGCAGUUGUUUGCUGUCCCUUUCCGGUGGACUACUAUGUGGUAAAACAGCUUUUGUGGGACCAUGGACUGGUGUUGUGUGCCUCUGUAAACUACCUCCAUACGUCGCUAUACGUGGCCACAAACGCGCUGCUGGCUAUUGUAUUUGCCAGGUAUGAUGAUGCUUUAAAUUUUCUGCUUCUCUAUUCUUACAGGUAUAUGGCCAUAGUGCAUCCUUUGAGACCUUGCUUGAAGUUUCAGACAGCCUAUUUACUAAUAAUUGGAGUCUAGAUAGUUCCCGUUUUGAUAUCAAUUCCUUCUGCCUAUUUCACGUCUGUGACAACGUAGCCUCAUGGUGAUACCUCCUCAACCACUCACAAAGUCUUCUGUGCCCAGAUAUGGCCUGUGGACUAUCAGACCUACUAUUGAUCCUACUUUCUGUGUUUUGCUGUGGAGUUUGUUGGCUCUGUUGUUGUCAUGUUGAUGUGUUAUGCUCGCAUUUCCCGUGAAGUGUUCAAUGUCCCAGGGUUUCAGACUGAACAGAUAAGGAAGAGAUUAUGUUGUCGUCGCAAAACAGUUACGGUCCUCAUAGGAAUCUUAGCUGCGUACAUCCUGUGCUGGACAUGGUACUAUGGCUUCACCAUCCUAUGAGACUUCCAUCCAACAUUCAUCUCUCGUCAGAGACACUCCCUGGUGGCUUUCUACAUUGUUGAGUGUAUUGCGAUGAGCAACAGUAUGGUUAACACAUUCUGCUUUGUCAGCGUCAAGAAUAACACUGUGAAGUAUCUAAAGAAAAUUGUCCUGUUGCGGUGGAGGUCAACGUACGUCUCUGAUAAAAGUGCAGAAGAAAUGUAUAUAAGAGCCUCCUCCAUGCCAGUGACUGAAGAGAUUGAAUGCAUUCACCUGAGGUGAUUAUAAUAAACUUUGAUGAUACAGUUAAGCCUUCGAUGGCUUUUAUACAAAUUUAGUGACAUUGCAGGUCAUUAUUUUGAUUCUGAGUUUGCUCCUCAUAUUUCAGAAAAAGCUAAGUUCUUCUUCAAAUUUAGUUUAAAUUCAAAAAUACUUUAUUGAUCUCAAAGAGAAAUAAUUAAAUUAAAUGUGGGUAUAGAACAACUUCAAAACAGUCAUUUGGAGCAGCAGUGACUCAGAAAAUGGUAAUUUGUCAAUAUAAAAAUGCUUUCAACUUGAAAACAUUUUUCUGGGUAGGUGAUGAUCUGCAUUGUAGUGUGUAUAUAGUGUCAAGAUGUUUUUAGUGGUCAGCAAGUAUAUAAAAAGGGACAAAUAACUACGUCGUGCAACGGAAUUGGUAUGUAUGCAAAAUAUAGAUCAAUAAAUUGUGUACAAAGAGUGUGGAAAAGUUAAAUGUGGGUUGUGCUGUGAAGAGCUUUAAGUAAUGACAAGACAGUUAGAUAAGUGCAGUUCAUGUCUUUGGUUAGCAUGGAUUGUCAGCAAGUCAAAAUUGUAUCUAACAGUGAAAUUGUUUUAAUCAUUCUGUGGCUAUACAUUUAGCACUUUAAAAUAUUAUUGUGUCUGUUUGUUACUGAUCCUUCUAUAUCCCUAAUCUUGUACCUGCUUUGUUUGUAACGUUAUUAUGCAAUAUGUCCGGUUUUAAAUGGAAAUGGUUUUGUAUGGUUUGUUCUAAAUAUUGAUAACAAAGUAAACCCACCAAAAAUACUUUCUAUUGUUUUUUGUUUAGUACAGUUAAAAAUAAAACUGUCCCUCAUUAUUUAU